AUGCAAUCCUGUUGUGAAGAAUAUGAUCUUGUGAAUUUCAUUAAGCGGUACUACCUCCCCACCAUGUACGGGAUCAUAUUCAUUGUGGGUCUCGUCGGCAACGUCACUGCAAUUGCUAUUUACCUGCUGAAGAUCCGUCCCUUCCACACCAGCAGCAUCAUCAUGCUGAACCUGGCCAUAUCUGACCUCCUCUACGUGCUGAGCCUGCCCCUCCUGAUCCACUUCUACAUCACUGGGGACUGGAUGUUUGGCGACUUCAUGUGCAAACUGGUACGCUUUUGCUUCCAUUUCAACCUGUACGGGAGCAUCUUCCUGCUCACCUGCUUCAGUGUCUUCCGCUACGUGGUGGUGGUGCAUCCGCUGAGGGCAUCCCGGGUGAAGAGGCCGAGCUGGGGCAUCAUCUCUUGCUUGGUCACGUGGCUGUUAUGCCUCAUUUUAUUAGGUCGCAUGUUCAGACUGAUUGAAACAAAACCAAUAUACAACGGAGAUGGAACGCCGGUCAAUCAAUCAGUCUGCGUAGACUUUGCCAGCAACGACCCUCCCGAGGUGUGGCUGUACAACUGGAUCCUCACCAUCUUUGGCUUCUUGGUUCCGCUGUGUGUGGUGUGUCUCAACUACACCUGCAUGGCCGUGGCCCUGUCCAGGGGGCCACUUCCGCACAGGCCAGCUCAAGUGCGUGCCCGUCGGACCACCGUGCUCAUCCUCCUGGUGUUCGUGGUCUGCUUCACUCCCUACCACGUCCUCCGGCUGGCCCGCGUGGACACCAAGAGUCGGUCGGCGAACUGCUCGACGCUGGAGGGAGUCAACGCAGCUUACAUCAUCUCACGGCCUGUGGCGUUCCUCAACACCUUCUUCAACCUGGCACUGUACACCUUGGCAGGAGACAGGUUUCGGCAGGCCUUCUGGAGCCUCUUCAGCUGGAAGGCCAGCCUUCCCAAGAGCUUGGUGGUGACCACUAUCCACAGACCCUGAGUGAGGACUGCCAUUCAAUCAUCUUUACAACUGAAGCUUGUGGGUUAUUGUUGCACCUAUACAGUAUUUAGGGCUUGCUUUUUCUGUGUAAUGUAAUUUCAUCCUCUGUACAGUACCAAUAGACAUGCACAAGAUGGCGCUCUAUUUCAUUACUUGCAGGAGAGGCAGCAGGGAAGUUAGAACCUUAAAUUCUGAUUGGACAAAGAGACUCCAUGCUGAGCCAAUAUUUUCUUACAUUGCGUUUGGUAAAUUAUAGUUGAUCAUGCUGCCUGAUGUCAUCCUGUUUGUGCAUGGUUGUUUUUCAGUUGUUCAGACAACAAACACACAAGGUCCACAAGGACUAUUAUUCAGUCCUAAAGAUAUGCCAUCUUAAGAAUGACCAAUUGCUUAUACAAAAGCAUGUGAUGCUUCCAUUUUUGGAAAAUACUGUUUGACCACCAUAGCACCUAAUUGGUUUAACACACUUGUUUUUUUUUUAUUAGCCUAUUAUUUUAGUUCUGUCACUGAACAAGACACCUUUCACACCAAGGAGCACUGUGUCCAUUCCCUGUCAGCCUCUCUUGCGAUGAAAUUAUAUUAUUUAGCAUUCAUUUCAGUUGGUUUUGGAUUAAAAACAAAAAUCAAACACUCAAGAGCUGAAGUGAGCACUUACUGCCAUGUAAUCCUUAGCUACUAAAUGUAAUGUUCACUACAAGCAGCCGCUUGCACAGCACACUUCCCGCUUGCUAUCUCCUAUAACACCUCUAACGGCUCUCCUCCGUUACUCUACAUGUGGAUGUAAUUAGUGUUUCUAUUUUGGGAAUUAUUCUUGCCUGGGGGAAAUGUUUUUUUACAGAUCAAUGUUUUUUCUGUGUUUAUGCUUGGCUGUGUGUGAAGUACUAGUGCUGAGGGUGGCAAGAGUGCAGGACAUUCUGCAAAUAUAGAAGUGUGUGUGCCUCUCACCGCCGAUGACAUGAAAUGCCUCAGUGCCGGCUCUUCGGCAUGACUCACCCAAAGAACUGCAAUGCACUCGGGAGGUGCAGGAUCCAGUCAGGGGCGAUGUUCAUGUUCAAGACUAAUAUAGUGGGUGGGCACAGAGGGGUGGUACUGAGGGGUAUAAACAUAGUCAUGCAAUUAUCUCUCAUUUUCACAUUUUCAAAAACGUUGAGGGGAAUAUUUUUGAUAACUAAUUGCUAAAAAUCAGCUGGCUCAGAAAUCUCCCUUUACUUCAGGGUAAAUACCCUGCUGUACAUUUAUUUAUAGACUUUCAUGCCAGUUAUUUAUGCUGACACAACACUCAGUUAAUCACUUACUUAUAACAUUAGCCCCAUUAUGUGUUGUUGCCUUUCUUGA